AUGGAGAGCCUAAGAGAAUCUCAUAUGCAACAAGGAGUAGGCCGCUCGCUAAUCCUCUUUCCUUUUGCAUUACAAGGUCAUAUAAACCCCAUGCUUCAACUUGCAAACAUCCUGUAUUCCAAAGGCUUCUCCAUCAUCAUAAUCCACACUCGCUUCAACUCUCCAAAUCCUCAUAACUACCCUCACUUCACCUUCUAUUCGAUUCCCGAUGGCCUCUUGAAACAUGAGGCUUCUACUGCAGAUGUCAUAUAUUUGGUGACACUCCUCAAUAUCAAAUGCGUUAAACCCUUUAGUGAGGCUUUAUCUAAGUUGUUGAUAGAUGUUAAGGAGGAGCCAAUUUCUUGCAUAAUUACAGAUGCCGCCUGGUACUUUACUCAAGCUGUUGCUAACAGCAUUAAGCUUCCAAGGAUUGUGCUACGGACCAGUGACAUUUCUUCAUUCUUUGUUUUUGCUGCUUUUCCACUUCUGCUAGAAAAGGGUUAUUUCAAGGUCAAAGAUUCUCAACUAGAAGAACCAAUUACAGAGACUCCCCCACUUAAAGUGAAAGAUCUUCCAAAAUUUAAGACAGAAGACGCAAAAGAUGUUCAUAGUUAUGUAGCCCAAUUGAUAAAUGAAAGCAAGGCCUCGUCAGGACUCAUUUGGAACUCUUUUGGAGAGCUCGAGCAACAUUCACUUACUAGAUUAUGUCAGGACUUUCCUAUUCCCAUUUUCACAAUAGGUCCAUUUCACAAGAGUUCUGUCCUUGGCUUGGAGUACAACACAGCUAGGAUGGAUAGCAGGGCCAAUUUCCUUGCUUUGCUUUGCGAUUAUCACCAACGUUUCUGCAUUCCUUCUUUCUGUUGCUAUAGGUCCCUUGACCCUGUUACCUUUGAACUUGUCUCCGAAAUCACAAUAAUUUUCGCGAGGGUACUUUUCUCUGAUUCUCAUAACAUGGAAUGGCUCUCAGUAAUUGCAACAAUCAUGUCCUUUACCUACUCUUUUAUCAGAUUUGGACUUGGUGUUGCAAAAGUAAUAGUUAUUGCUGCUAAUCUGAGAUUAGUGACUCUCCAUGGAGUCUUGAAACACUGUUCAAUUUUAAUCUAUGAUCCAGACUUAGUAUGUAGGAUAAGCAUGGAUCUUUCGUUCGGAGAAGCCUCGAAAACUGAUGUAACUGCAGAGAAUUGGAGGAUUACUGAAGAAGAGAAUGUAUGCAAUAAGCCCACAAAUCCAG